GGGCGUCACGUGGGUCGGGGGGGGGGCGUCACGUGCUGCUGCUGCGGCGGCGAUGGCGGCUGAGGGUUGGGAGUUUGACCGCUUCGAUGACGGCUCCGUCAAGGUGCUCGGGGAGGUACAAGUAAAGAAGUUUGGCCGCUUCCUCGAGGACUAUGUGUCGCAGCUGAAGGGGAUAGAGGAUGCCCUGGAUGACUCCAUCGGUGACUCUUGGGACUUCACACUCGACCCAGUCGCCUUGCAGCUUCUUCCAUAUGAACAAGCAUCACUGUUGGAACUUAUAAAGACUGACAACAAGGUUUUGAAUAAAGUUAUCACAGUAUUUGCAGCCAUUUGCUGCGAGAUUAACAAGUUGAGGCAUGAGGCAGAAACAACAUUCUACAAUGGACUUCUGUUCUAUGGAGAGGGUUGCCCCGAGGGUGGCAUGGAAGAAGGAGAUGCACAAAUCCAAAUGGGACGGAUGAUAGCUUUCCUGCAGGAGCUGUCCUGCUUUGUGAAUCGCUGCUACGAGGUGGUUAUGAACGUCGUGCACCAGAUGGCAUCGUUGUACUCCUACAGCAAAACCGCACCGAAAAUAAUCAACGUAUCAUCAGUACACUUUCAGACUGUGUAUGAACACCUUGGGGAUCUCCUGAUGGUGCUCGUCACAUUGGAUGAAAUAAUUGAAAAUCAGUCAACCUUGAAGGAUCACUGGACAAUGUACAAAAGGCUGCUCAAGUCCGUGCAUCACAACUCGAGCCGCUUUGAGGUGCAUGUGGACAAGCUGCGGCCGCUGGAGAAGCUGCUCAUGAAGUUGGAGGCACAGCUCCUGGACGGCCUGAUCCUGCAGAACUGCAUCGAGCAGCCCUUCGACAAUGGGACAGUUCUUGUCUCAAAAAACAGUGCCUUCGCUGAGGAAUUCACCCAGAACAUUCGGAACAUGUUCGCCGCAUUGGAGUCGAAGCUUGGUGAGCCCAAUGAGAUCGAUCCGAGGGAGAGGUACGUCGGCACCUGCUGCCUGUUUGUCCUCAACUUCCAGAUCUUCAGGACUGUGGACAAGAAGUUUUUCCGGUCCCUGCUGGAUGUCUACAAGAAGAUGCCAGCAGUGACGCUGGUGGCAAACGUGGUGUGGUUUGCGGACAAAUUUCUGCUUCUGCGUGUACAACCGGCUGAUAAACAGUUGGUGGAGAAAAAAACUCUGCAGGCGGUGCCAGUGCAGAGAGAUGCACACCUGCAGCAGAAGGCUCAGACUCUGCCCAAAGACGUGCAGUCCUACUACUUGAUCGUGAGUGCCUGGAUGACAAAGAUGGAAUCGGUCAUGAGCAAAGGACAAGUCUCCAGUGAUCUGACGAACCGCUGUUCUCUCUUCAUCCAGGGGAUUCUCUAUGCGUUCAACCUGAGCAACAUCGUGCGAACCACCAUGAAUCUGCAUGCCACGCUGCAGAAGCCCAUGACGAAAACCACUGUGAAGGCUCUGUGUCGGCUUGUGGAGCUCCUGAAGGCCAUAGAGUUCACCUUUCACCGGCGGACAAUGAUGGUGGCUGAGUGCGUGUCGCAUAUAACCCAACACCUGCAGUACCAAGCCCUCACUGCCAUUGCGUCUGCUAAGAAACGCGUCGUCUCGGACAAGAAGUACAGCGAGCGCCGUCUAGACGUCCUGUCGGCGCUCGUCCUUGCAGAAAAUGCCCUCAAUGGCCCGGGCACCAAGGAGCGACGCCUCAUCACUGCGCUGGCUCUGAGCAUUGGCACACAGAUGAAAAUUUUCCGGGAAGAUGAGCUGUUGUCCCUGCAGCUUGUGAUGAAAAAACUGGAUUUGAUCAGUGAUCUGCGGGAGAGGCUUCAUUCACUCUGCGACUGCAGCUUCCUGUACUGGCACAGAAGUGUGAUUCCUAUCUAUCUGGACGACGUGUUUGAUGGCGCGAGUGAUUCAUCGCGUAUGCACUACAUGUUUGCAGCUCUGAGAGACUGCGUACCGCCCAUGACGUACAUCCGUCACCUGGACUCCCCCCAGCCGCUCCUGGACGCCUUCAACAAGGAGAUCACCCAAGUCUUCAAGGAGCACUUGCUGGACAAGCUGUGCAAGGAAAUAGAGAAGGACCUCCGACUGUCCGUGCAUACACACCUCAAACUGGACGACCGCAACCCCUUCAAGGUGGGAAUGAAGGACCUGGUGCCCUUCCUGGACAUCAGGCCCGUGCGCUUCUUUAACCACUUCAUCAACAUCAAAGCGUACGUGACGCACUACCUGGACAAGACAUUCUACAACCUCAACACAGUGGCGCUGCAUGACUGGGCCACCUAUAGCAAGAUGCGCAAUUUGGCCACGCAGCGCUACGGUCUGGAUAUGGCUGAACCACACCUCCCCAGCCAAACAUUGGAACAGGGACUCGAUGUUCUGGAGAUCAUGCGAAACAUUCACAUCUUUGUGUCCAAGUAUCUCUACAACCUCAACAAUCAGAUUUUCAUUGAGCGAUCCAGCAACAACAAGCACCUGAAUACAAUCAACAUCCGGCACAUUGCCAACUCCAUCCGAACCCACGGCACGGGCAUCAUGAAUACUACGGUGAACUUCACGUACCAGUUCUUGAGGAAGAAGUUCUUCAUUUUCAGCCAGUUCAUGUACGACGAGCACAUCAAGUCGCGGCUUAUCAAGGACAUUCGUUUCUUUAAGGAGACCAAGGACCAGAGCAACCCAAAGUACCCGUUUGAACGUGCGGACAAGUUCAACCGCGGCAUUCGCAAGCUUGGAGUGAGCUCGGAUGGACAGAGCUACCUGGACCAGUUCCGGCAGCUCAUCAGUCAGAUCGGGAAUGCCAUGGGCUACGUGCGUAUGAUCCGGUCUGGAGGACUCCACUGCUGCAGCAAUGCGAUCAGAUUUGUUCCUGACCUUGAGGACAUUGUGAACUUUGAGGAAUUGGUGAAAGAAGAUGGCCUUUCAGCGGAGGCCAUAGCAGCUGCCAAGCACCUAGAUGCAGUUCUGGGAACCCUGACAAGGAACUUUGCAGAGGGAACUGAGUACUUUAAGAUGUUGGUGGAUGUCUUUGCUCCCGAGUUCCGCAGCUCCAAGAAUAUGCAUCUCCGAAAUUUCUAUAUCAUCGUCCCUCCACUGACACUAAACUUUGUGGAGCAUUCCAUCAGCUGCAAGGACAAGCUGAACAAGAAAAAUAAAGUGGGUGCUGCCUUCACCGAUGAUGGCUUUGCUAUGGGUGUGGCGUACAUCCUGAAGCUGCUGGAUCAGUACCAGGAGUUGGACUCGCUGCACUGGUUCCAGUCGGUGCGUGAGAAGUACCAGCGUGAGAAGCAGGCAGCAUCGAAGCAGCAGAAAUCGACCACCGGCUCUCAGGAUGAGAAGCUCAUGCAGACCAUGAACCUCACCCAGAAGCGUCUCGACGUGUACAUGCAGGAGUUUGACUUGCUCUACUACUCCCUGAGCAGCGCGAGAAUUUUCUUCCGAGCUGACAAAACGGCAGCCGAAGAGAGCCAGGAGAAGAAGGAUGACGAAGCCAUUAAGAAUGGUGCUGGUGACAGUGUUCCAACGUCUGCGGCUACCACCGGUGAGGUGGUACCCACUGCUGCACGUCUUACCUCAAUGGGGCCUGCAGUACCAGGUGGCCCACCGCCACCGCCACCACUUCCUCCAAUGUGAAGUUCUUCCCACUCGACGAUAGCUUUCACACCUCCAAUUAGCACUUUUGGCUACGUACGGUGCGGAAGAAGUCCCAAGAAAAUACAUAAAUACAUGCUGCCCAGACACCAUAUAUAUUUUAAAUUCUUGACUGGAUCUGUACACAAAGGUAUAAGUAUAAUUAAAAUUGAUUUGGCACCCAAAUGUUAUGAGCAUCUCAAUUUGCUUUACAGGGCAUGUUGAAUAAACAACACAGAGACAGAAUACAUUCUCAUGCAAAAUUGUAACUAACAACUAUUCGAAAAACCCUUUCCAUUAAGGCACAUUUUUUAUUGUUAAUAUUUUUUUCUCUCUUUCUGCUGCCAGGCAGUUGCGAUUACAGUAUUCAAAUGUUGAGAUUUCACAUCCGACUUAGGGGCUUGAAUGAGCUCAUUCUCCCUCUGCAAUCAAUAAAAUUAAUUAUUUCUUUAAAAGUGAGCACACCGUAUUGCUCGUUUGGUCAGGGAGACACAAUGACCUUCCUCUUUUGAACACAUUUUUCCGCCAUUGAGAGUUCUUCACCAAUUGAUGCACUUUCCAUUUUAUAAUCGAAUCUGCUGAAAGCAGUGCUGCAUAUUGGUUUUUGCUGACAUUUGAAUACAUGCAGUACUACCCUGUGUGCUCAACAGUGCUAUUGUAUUCAUUUUCCUUUUUUCCAUGUGCAUGACACGUGUGCAAUUCUCGCUUAUAAAUUAGCAUAAACCAAUGUCACACAACGGUUGUAUAUUUAACAUUGAAUUAUGCGUGACUUGAUUAGCUGUUUUGUGGUCGUUGUGGCUUUAGGAUAAAAGGGUGAUUUAAACCAAAUAUGAGCCUAUACAUUUAUUAAUCCCUGUACAAUAAUAGUGCAACGAUACACCUAUAAUAUUCAAAUGUUUGCAUUUAUGAUUCGAAAUAAUGCUUGGCAAGUUGAUCUCAAUGUUAAAGUGUAUGGAUAAUAAAAGUAUAAAAAGGUAA